GUAUCCAAUCGCAGCAGACACAUGACAGCUAACAGCGGUUAGCAUUGAAGGCUGCAUCAAGCUAACUGGAGGCGAUGCCGCCAACACCGGAAGUAAGGAGCAAUAAAUCUGACCGGAACCAGUAUCGUAAGCGUGGCUGCUUUGCCCCAGGUCAGAAGCCCAACGUGGAGGAGAGGAUGUGGGUAUGCUGACAUCUGCAAGCCAGAGGUUUGACUGGAGACGACCGCAGGCAGACUGACAAACAACGGCCUUAGCAACUUCAAGAAACUCCGAGACAUGUAACUUGUUUUUGAAGAGGCUUUUGUCCUGUGGGGCACCCUGAAGCUCAGCCAGUCCCGUUGCCGGGCUUCUCGUCAUGAGGGGGCGUUGCUCUCGAAAACUUGGUGUGCUGGCCAAGGCAGGUGUGCUGCUCUGGGUGCUGUGGCUGGGCUACAUUCUGUUAGCAGGCUCCCCGUUCCCCUCCUCUUCCACUGUAGAGGAAGAUGAAGAAGGCCGCAAUGUUCGGGCGAAACAGCGGUCCUUGGAUGAGGCUGCGGCUGAUGGUCAGCUGGCUAGGCCCCUCUACAGUAAACCAGCACCAGACAGCAACGCGAUGGGGGAGUGGGGGCGGGCCACACACCUCAACCUCAGCCCUGAGGAGAAGAAACUUGAGCAGGACAGUGUGGAGCGAUAUGCCAUCAAUAUCUACGUCAGUGAUAAGAUCUCCCUCCACCGGCACAUCCAGGACCACAGGAUGAAUGAAUGCCGAAGUAAGAAGUUUGACUACCGGCGAUUACCCACCACCUCUGUGAUCAUCGCCUUCUACAACGAGGCGUGGUCCACCCUGCUGAGGACCAUUCACAGCGUCCUGGAGACCACGCCCGCCACCCUGUUGAAGGAGAUCAUCCUCAUCGAUGACUACAGUGACCGAGUGUACCUGAAAUCUCAACUGGCCCAACACAUCAGUGAAGUCAAUCGCGUGCGACUCAUUCGCACCAAGAAGAGGGAGGGUCUGGUGCGGGCUCGUCUCAUCGGGGCCACCUACGCUACGGGUGACGUGCUGACAUUUCUCGAUUGCCACUGUGAGUGCGUCCCUGGCUGGAUUGAGCCUCUGCUUGAAAGGAUUGCUGAGAAUGCCAGUACCAUCGUGUGCCCUGUGAUCGACACCAUUGACUGGAACACAUUUGAGUUUUACAUGCAAACAGACGAGCCAAUGAUCGGAGGCUUCGACUGGAGACUCACCUUUCAGUGGCACUCGGUCCCUGAAGUGGAACGCAAGAGGCGAAAGUCUCGCAUAGACCCCAUCAGGUCUCCGACAAUGGCAGGUGGAUUAUUCGCUGUGAGCAAAGCCUACUUUGAGUAUCUGGGCACGUAUGACAUGGGCAUGGAGGUGUGGGGGGGAGAAAACCUGGAGCUCUCCUUCAGGGUGUGGAUGUGUGGAGGCAGCCUGGAGAUUCACCCCUGCUCCCAUGUGGGCCAUGUGUUCCCUAAGAAGGCCCCUUAUGCCCGGCCCAACUUCCUCCAGAAUACCGUACGAGCUGCAGAAGUUUGGAUGGACUCUUAUAAACAACACUUCUACAACAGGAAUCCCCCUGCCAAAAAGGUAAGACAGUUACAAAUGAAACCGACACAAGUUUUUAAACAGUGUGUCUAGCUGGGGCCUGGUGCU